AUGGCGGAUAGCAAGCCUGAAAGCCCUCAGUCCCAGGAGCCUCACGGCAGCUCUCGCAGCUCCAAGCUGCCGCGCCUGGGGCAGAGGCGCCAUCAAGAUCAAAUUCAAACAGCAGAUUCUGAUUCUAAGCCAGGUUACGAGAAGAACAACCCAACGAACAUUCCUACGCACGAUAUUAAAUCUGUAUACAGUAAAGAGCGGAAACCUAGAAGAAUUUCUGGUUCAUCGAGUAUUCCGAUUCACGACUGCCUUGACAUCCCCAGGCCUCGUACUCCACCUCGCACGACCAAGACUACAACCGGCAAAAUCCACACACCCCGUGUAACCAACGACGGUACCCCACACCCAUCUUCUCUAGGCAAUUCGAGCUCUUCAUAUAGGGACUCGCCCAGCGCUGCUCGAGCUGUCUUGCCUGGUCCAGGUUCUGCCACAUCUAUCCCCAGGGCCUUCGCUUCUCAGGGAAGCCCUCCACACCAGGCCCCGAGACGUAAAGAUAUUAAAGCGAGAGAUAUUCCUAAGAUGGACAACACUUCGAACAAAGAAAGGCCUGCCAACGGAAGGACCAGUACGCAGGACGUCCCGGGAGCCGAGCCGACCAGGCUGGAGCCUCAGAAACCAAAUAGCGAAGACGAGGCGCAAUCCGACGAUAGGGACGAGUCUGGGGAGAAAUAUGGUUCUUCAGGUCUUGAUAGGAGUAUUUAUUCCACGGAAGAAGACUACGAAACCCCAGUUAAUGGUUUAGAGACUACCGCGGAUGGAGAUAAGAUAGACGGUGCCAGUUACGCUUCUGCCCUUAAAUCUGGUUUGAACGGACAAGACACAGACAUUGUAACAUAUAAGCGUAGUCUUAACCCGCAAGACGACUAUGACUCGUAUCCUGAGCUGGAUGAUCUAACGAUGGACGAAAUUCAUCCGCUCCCAAGACCAAGUGCCAACGGAGGGAUCCGGUGGGCUCCGUGGAACGUUCCGUGGAAACGCAGAAUGCAGACAUUUGUUGUGCUUAUGCACUGCAUGUCUAUCGCCCUAACGGUUUCAAUCUUCUUUGCGCUAUGUGCUAACCCCUUUGCUUGGCCAUUGCUGCUUGUAUACCUUCUACACGUACUGAGCUCGAAGGCUGCUACGGACGGAUCGUUGAGAUACCGAUCCGAAUGGUUCCGCAAAAGCUACAUAUGGCAUCUCUUCGCGGGCUACUUCCCAGCCAAGCUUCAUAAAACUCACGAUCUGCCGCCCACUCGGAAGUAUAUCUUCGGCUAUCACCCCCAUGGUAUCAUCUCCCAUGGCGCGAUGGCGGCUCUCGGCACCGAGGCUCUAAGAUUCUCUAAGAAAUUUCCUGGCAUCACGAAUAGUGUUUUAACAUUGGACUCGAACUUCCGCAUUCCACUGUAUCGCGAGUAUAUACUAGCCUUAGGGUUACGAUCAGUUUCGAAAGAUUCCAUUGUCAAUAUUCUAACAAAAGGCGGGCCGAAUGGAGAGGGCAUGGGCCGCGCCGUCACCAUUGUUAUCGGUGGUGCUCGGGAGUCUCUUGAAGCGCAACCAGGUCAGAUGCGUUUGAUCCUGAAGGAGCGCAAGGGGUUCGUCAGGAUUGCUGUUAAAACCGGCGCGGACCUGGUGCCCGUGCUCGCAUUUGGUGAAAACAACUUAUACGACCAACUACAUCCUAAGGAGCACCCACUCGUACACAAACUGCAGAUGUUUGUCCUAAAGGUGUGGAAAUUCACCCUACCAUUCUUACACGGACGAGGUAUUUUCAAUUAUGAUGUAGGCUUGAUGCCGUACCGCCGCCCGUUGAACGUGGUGGUCGGAGCUCCGAUCAAAGUUACGCAGUCGGCCGUCGUGGACCAGGCGGAGGUCGAUCGACUGCAUGAUCUAUACAUUACCGAGCUAGAGAAGCUGUGGGAUCAAUACAAGGACAGGUUUGCUCCCGACAGAAAGGAAGAGAUGCAAAUACUAUCCUAG